AUAUCAGAGGCCAUUAUAAUAGGACCCGAAGGGCAUUUCCUCAUUCAAUUGCUCUCUAUAGUUUCCUUCUUUUUGCUUUAUGGGUCUUCAUAUUUACUUUUAACAGCAGAGAAAUCUUUGAGGAUGCCCAGAAACCUCUCUUUUUAUUGGAGCCCGAGCAGAAGGAAGCUGGACAUCUAUGGGGGGCUCCUUAUAGCAAUAGUUUACAACCUUGUGUCAAACCUUCUGUUAAAUAUAAAGCUACAAAUGGAUGGGAUAAGUACAUGACUGUUAAAAGUAACGGGGGUUUAAAUCAGAUGCGCACCGGUAUAGCUGAUAUGGUUGCUGUGGCGCAUAUGAUGAAUGCAACUAUGGUGAUCCCUCAGUUGGAUAAGCGUUCGUUCUGGCAGGAUUCGAGUAUUUUCUCAGAUAUAUUUGAUGAAAAUCAUUUCAUCAAAAUGUUACAUGGAGAUGUCAGAAUUAUUAGGACGCUUCCAAGAGAAUUAGAAUCUGUGCAUAGAGCAAGGAAGCACUUCACAUCUUGAUCCAGCAAGGGCUAUUAUACUGAGAUGAAGCAAUUAUGGAAGGAAAAUCAGGUCAUUCAUGUUGCUAAAUCCGAUUCUCGACUUGCAAACAAUGAUCUGCCUCUUGACAUUCAAAGACUAAGAUGUCGUGCUUUAUACCAUGCUCUCCGCUUUUCUCCUCCCAUUUAGAGCCUUGGAAAGAAGAUUGUGGAACGGUUGAGGUUACGAGCUUCAAGGUACAUUGCACUUCAUUUGCGGUACGAAAAGGACAUGAUGCCUUUUACAGGCUGUACUUACGGCCUUGCUGAUAAAGAAGCUGAAGAACUUAGAGUAAUGAGGGAGAAUACAAAUCAUUGGAAGAUGAAGAAUAUCAAUUCCAGUGAGCAGAGAAUUGGCGGUUUAUGUCCUCUUACGCCCAAGGAGGUUGGGAUAUUUCUUCAAGCUCUUGGUUAUCCUAUGUCAACAUUGAUUUAUAUCGCUGCUGGAGAAAUCUAUGGUGGUAACACACACCUUUUAGAGCUAACAUCCCGCUUUCCAAAUGUAGUUUCAAAGGAAAUGCUUGCAACCACAGAGGAACUAAGACAAUUUUCCAAACACGCAUCUCAAAGUGCAGCAAUUGACUAUAUUAUCUCUAUUGAGAGUGAUGUUUUCAUUCCAUCACAUUCUGGUAAUAUGGCAAGAACAGUGGAGGGGCAUCGCAGAUUCCUAGGCCACCGCAAGACAAUCACUCCUGAUAGGAAAGGCCUUGUGGAAAUAUUUGAUCAGUUGGAAGCUGGACGUCUUAAAGAAGGGCCGUUUUUAUCACAUCUUGUGAUCACAUUGCACAAGAACAGACAAGGUGCUCCUAGAAAGAGAAAAGGUGCCCCCGAAGGUAUCAAAGGUCGGGCACGCUUCAGGUUCGAAGAACCUUUUUACCAGAACCCAUACCCUGAAUGCAUAUGUGCUCCCAAGAUGACUCCAAGCUGAGGGAGGGAGGCCAUGGAUUCUCCCACUCUCUCUUCAACUUACCAGAAAUAAAUAAUUCAUUGUUUCUUAUAUUUAAAAAAAACCAAGAAACACAAAACCAUCUUAAUGUUGCUUCUUUGUAUAUCUCAGUUUCUGAAUAUUCUUCUCCCUUUACUAAAUUGUUACUUGCUUU